GCGCAUCCUUAACAAACGUCCAAGAAAGAUUCUAUCGGAAUAAAAACGUACAGGGCUCGUAUUCGCCGUACGGCUGGAAGAAACGCGUUGGAAUAGCUGGUAGAAGAAAAUGGCACUCGACUUCCUCGCUGGAUGUCUGGGAGGGUUCGCCGGUAUUAUGGUGGGAUAUCCUCUGGACACGAUCAAGGUCCACAUCCAAACCCAGGACUAUCGUGCGCCGAAAUACAAAGGGAACUUGCAUUGUUUCCGGACGAUACUCGCGGAGGAAUCGGUAGCAGGUUUUUACCGAGGCAUGUCGUCCCCGGUGGCAGGCGUCGCAGUUGUGAACGCCAUCAUCUUCGGCGUCUACGGUCAAACUCAACGAUGCUUAUCUGACCCGGAGUCGUUGCAUUCGUACUUCAUCGCGGGUGCAUUGGCUGGAAUCGCUCAGAGCCCGAUUAGCUGCCCGAUCGAGCUGGCGAAAACUCGCAUGCAGUUGCAGAAGACGACAGGUCAAUUUUCCGGACCGUUGCAGUGCCUGAAGUAUACCUACCAGCACGAAGGUUACCGCGGUGUGUUCAGAGGUUUCAACAUCACCCUACUUCGGGAAACACCGAGUUUCGGGAUUUAUUUCCUAACUUACGAAGCGUUGACCAGGACGUUCAGAUCGGAACCGAUCUCCACGCCGUAUAUGCUGCUUGCCGGAGGAAUAGCCGGAUCCGUGUCCUGGACCAUAUCUUACCCAUUGGACGUGAUCAAGUCACGGAUACAAGCGAUCGAUGGACAUCGUUACACGGGGAUGAUCGAUUGCCUGAAAAAAUCGGUGAAAACGGAAGGGUACGGUUGUUUGUACAGAGGACUCAGUUCGACGAUCCUUAGAGCAUUUCCGACCAACGCCGUCACCUUCGCCGUGGUCACCUGGACGUUCCGGAUGUUCGAUAAGGAAGCGAAUAGCGCGGUGAAAACGGAGAGCAAGUCGAAAAUGGUCGAGUCUAUCAAGGAAAUGGCGGAGGUCGGGGAAACUUUCCCAGAGAAAUGGAACGGUUUUGUGAACAACCUAUCUGAAAGCAUGAUCAUCCCCAAAUUAUGCUACUCGACCAUGUCGGUGAUGUCGCUGAGCGAUUUGAAGUUCUGCACCGCUACUUUUUGUCAGACCGACGAGCGAAUGGAAAAGGAGGUUAAGUUUGAAGAGAUUCGUAAAAAUAAAUACUUGAAGGUGGAGGAGAGAUUGAAAGGAGGAUCGAAGAAUGUCGAGGAGAAGAAGGGUGAGAAGAAAAUGGAACAGAUUGUUUUUGAACAAACGAUGAACACCGUGUCCGCGUUCUUCGCCUGAUUAAUUGAAUCUUUGGAAUUUCGAAGAUCAUUUUUUGGUGGGGGAAAAUGAAACAUAGUAUGAUUAAUAAAUUGCAGAUGUACAUACAGGAUGUUUUGUCGUUGCUCAGCAUUAUUUUAAACAUCAAUUUUAUAUCCUAGAGUGAUUAAAAUUAAGUAUAUUAAUUA